AUGGCUACUAUGGAUCUACGCGUCGGUAAUAAAUACCGUAUAGGCAGAAAGAUAGGUAGUGGAUCAUUUGGAGACAUUUACCUUGGAACAAAUAUAAUUUCUGGAGAAGAAAUUGCCAUUAAACUAGAAUCAGUCAAGGCAAAGCAUCCACAGUUAGAAUAUGAGGCUAGAGUCUACAAAUCCCUUGCAGGAGGAGUUGGAAUACCUUUUGUACGCUGGUUUGGAACCGAAUGCGACUACAACGCCAUGGUUCUCGAUCUCCUCGGCCCCAGCUUAGAGGAUCUAUUCAACUUUUGUAACCGCAAGUUUUCGCUCAAGACGGUACUCCUCUUAGCCGAUCAGCUUAUUUCCCGCGUCGAAUACAUUCAUGCCAAGUCUUUUAUUCACCGCGAUAUCAAGCCUGACAACUUUCUCAUGGGAAUUGGUAAAAGGGGAAACCAGGUCAACGUGAUUGACUUUGGUCUUGCUAAAAAAUACCGAGACCCUAAAUCCCACUUCCACAUACCCUACCGAGAGAACAAAAACCUGACCGGCACAGCCCGUUAUGCUUCCAUAAAUACCCACCUGGGUGUCGAGCAAUCUCGUCGCGAUGAUAUGGAAUCGCUAGGCUAUGUAAUGCUGUACUUCUGCCGUGGUUCUCUACCCUGGCAAGGAUUAAAAGCUGCAACCAAGAAACAAAAGUAUGACCGAAUAAUGGAAAAGAAGAUGACAACCCCGACUGAAUCGCUAUGUCGUGGCUUCCCCACCGAGUUUGCAGUCUACCUAAACUACACUCGCUCCCUUCGCUUCGAUGACAAACCUGACUACUCAUACCUUCGGAAGAUCUUCCGAGACUUGUUCGUCCGGGAAGGGUACCAAUACGACUAUGUAUUUGACUGGACCGUGUACAAGUACCAGAAGAAUGCACAAGCUGCGGCACAAGCUACCGUAGCUCAACCUUGUCCCGAGGAAGAUGAAAAACCCGCCCGUAUGCGUGGAACUCCACAUGUCCUUCCAGCCCAAAUUACUUCUUGUGCCGCAAAAGCUGGAGGUACAGUAGAACCACGUCGAAAGUAUGCCGAUCGUGGUGUUGUCGCUACUGAUAAUGUGGACCCCGCUAGAGUGUACACUAGUAACCAUAGGUAUAUAAGAAAGUAA